UAACUAUCUUUAUUUUUAUAUGUAUCCAAAUAAUAUUACUCUCUAAUUAAUUGUAUAUUCAACCGUUAAAAUGUUUGUGGGUCAAUAACGUCCCGUUUCAAAAGAAGGUACAUUUGAUGUGAGUUAUUUUUAUUGUCUUUGAGGAGCAAUAUUUCUUUAUGUUGCAAUUUUGUCUUGUAAUGUGCUCCUGUGAUACCUUGACGACACCCUAUACCGAGAUGUUGCUAAUGCAGAUUGACAUAACCGUAUCGUUUUCUUAUUGGUUCUCCUUGCAGCCGACAAUUCUGGUGACAGAUCCAGAUUCUGGAGCUUACGGGCGAAGUACGUUUUCAUUGUCUGGAAUAGGGAGUGACAAUUUCUAUGUGACCACCACUGGAGAUAAAGUAGCUGUGGUAGCCGUGGCUGGCUUGCUGGAUAGAGAGACAGUAGCGAGCUAUAACCUGGUUCUCUCGGCAGUAGACGGUGUGGCUCACGACGGAAUUCAGUUUACUGCUACGACACAGUUAAGCAUCACCAUACAGGAUGUCAACGAUAACGCUCCGGUGUUUGACCGUGUGAAUAACGUCACAAUUCGAGAAGAAGAGGACGCAGGCUUUGUGGCGACUGUACGCGCUACUGAUGAAGACGCGGGUUCAAAUGGCCGUGUCACCUACACCAUGUCCGGCGGAAGGGGCUACUUUACGGUUGACGAGGAUAACGGAAUGAUUACGACAACACAGAAAAUUGACAGAGAGACGUAUGCCAAUUUUGAUCUCAAUGUGAUUGCUUCCGAUUCCGGCACAGCAAGCCGGACAGCGGCCACUAGUUUCACUGUCCAUAUACAGGACAUUAAUGACAACGACCCGGUUCUACUCGGGGUUGACGACGCAAACCUUUACGAAAACACAGACUGCUCAGAGCCAAUUGUAAAUGUGUCUGCCACAGACCCGGACCAAAGUCAGAGCGUCUCUUUGUCAACAACAAACCCAAACUUUCAAAUUGAUUCAUCUGGAUAUCUGCGCUGCAAGUCAUCUCUCGACUAUGAGGUUAAGCAAUCUCACAGCGUCACAAUAAUGGCUACGGACAACGGACAGUUUCCCAGAUCUACCAAUAAAACGAUGAUUGUGUCAGUAAAGGAUGUCAACGAUAACGCCCCACAGUUUUCAGCUGUGGAAUACACCACCAAUGUCAGCACGGCGGAGCUGCGACAAGAUAAACCAGUGAUCGUGGUCGACGCGAAAGACCUAGAUUCGGGAAGUGGUGGAAAAAUCACGUUCUCUCUCUCCGACAACCCACUGUUUUACGUUGAGAGUGUCAACAACGUAGGCGUGGUCAGGGUGAAGGAGGACGGGGGUAAGGUUGGUAGCUUUUCAAUGAAUAUCUAUGCUGUGGAUCACGGAACCCCGCCACUGAGCAACGAAACAACUAUUACAAUUACAGUGGCAAGCGCCAGCGAUGUGGUGCAAUUUGUAGCUAACGACUUCAAUUUUACCGUAUUAGAAGGAAAAAGAGAUACAACUGUUACCAUUGGAAGAGUGAACUCGACGUAUGACUCGAGUCAAAUAAGCGUGCUAUACGAGCUGCCUGGCAGUUCAUUGUUCUCUAUAAAGAGAACCACUGGGGAACUAGUCUGUGGCUCGCUGCUAGACCGAGAGGUAUUUGCCACUCACCAGAUCGUCGUCAGAGUGUAUUCCACCAGCAACAGGGAAGACGGGGAUGUGGCUUUGAUUACAGUCAACGUGGAGGACAUCAAUGACAAUGACCCACAGUUUAAGAAUGGAAAUCAAACUCGCGAGCUUGAAUUGCCUGAGAACCGGCCACAUGUCGGGGUGGUCAAUUUGACAGCCACUGAUCCAGAUGAGGGGCAAAAUGGAAAAAUCACUUACAGCCUAAAGGAGUCAAAUUUACCCUUUCAGAUAGUUGAGACGACUGGUGAGAUUACUUCAUAUACAAAGCUGGACUACGAGAUUAUUAGGACGUACACCUUUACUGUUGAAGCGCUGGAUGGCGGAAAUCCACGAAGAUCUGCCAGUGUGUCUGUCAUUGUCCACGUUACAGACGAGAAUGACAACCCGCCUGUGUUUGAGCAGAGUAGUUACACUGCCACAGUCUCGGAAUCUUCAGUAUUUGGAAAAGAGGUAUUGUUCGUGUUGGCCACAGACAGAGAUAGUGGUUCCAAUUCAGACCUGCAAUACGUCAUAGUAAACACCACCACCAGCAAGUAUUGUUCUUUCAGCAUCUCAAAUGAGGUGCAGGGUAAAAAACCAGUUGGUAAGCUAACAGUCGGUGGACAACUCGACCGUGAGUCAGCGGAGGUUUGCACAGUUAAAGUCAUUGUCUAUGACAGCCUGGACUUGGCGGUGCGACUCAGCGCAACUGCUACUGUGACGAUAUCUGUACAGGACGUCAAUGACAACCAACCCAUGUUUGUGGGGAGACCAUACAACGUUACGAUCUUGAGAGAUAUCAUUCCAGGGCAUGUCAUAUUCGACGAGUCAACCAUUGUAGCCACAGACCGUGAUGCUGGGCAAAAUGGAGAGGUUAAAUAUUCACUGUCUGGAGUGGGUAGCGGCUACUUUCAAAUCACUGCAUCAUCCGGACAGAUAGCAGUUAUAAAAUCUCUAGAAGAUGCUCCUGACUUCAUCUACCUCGCUCUGGGCGCCACUGACGGCGGCGUACCACCCCGCAUUGCCUCCACACAUGUUGCUAUUAACAUAUCAGAUGACAACCCACGUCCGUGGUUUCCGAAGAGCUACACGUUUACAGUCGUGGAAGAAGCACAACCAGUGACAUUCACAGAGCGGGUCCAGGCACAGGAUCGAACCAGCAGUGGGGUGGUAACAUGUGACUGCCACUACCAGUUAGCCACACAGUCACGUGAGUGGAUGUUCACAGAGUGCUAAUCUAGAAAGAAACGAGGAAAGAAACAAAGUAAUGUACAUAUGGAAAUUAAUUAAGCAACACCCAUAUUUGCUCAGACUGAGCAACUUUAAUGAACUGGUGCAUGAAAUGUGUCCAAAGAUUUCC